UGAAAAAUCGAGUUUCCGAGGACGUAUGGACGAGCGGGCCGUGAAGCGCUCCAAGCCGACGCCGAUGCCGAUGGCGUUCCGCUUGACGUCGCUCGCAAGCCCUGCACGCGGCGCCAACGACGACUGCAUCGGACUGCGCGACCUGCUCGCCGGCGCCUUUACGCACGCCAUCUUGACCAACUACAAGGUAGAUGUGCCAUGGCUCCUUGAGCAGUCGCCGCAGCUAACGUCCGUGCCCGUCCUGCUGUGUCAUGGCAGCGACCAGACCACCAUGCGCGCUGCCUGUGCAGCGUGCGCCAACAUUCGAGUACUCGCGCCGCCGCUUCCGAUUCCAUACGGCACCCACCACACCAAGAUGAUGGUGCUUUUUUACGCGGCGUCUGUUCGUGUUGCGAUCUUCACGGCCAACUUCGUUGCGUCCGACUGGGAUGCCAAAACGCAAGGCGUUUGGUACCAAGACUUUCCACUGCGCUCGACAAGCGCCACGGAACCCACUACGGACUUUGAGAAGGAGCUGACGCAGUACCUCUCGGCGCUGCACCCGUCCGUGGCGACGAUGGCGGCCGCCAAGCUAUCGCUGUACGACUUUGGCGCUGCCACGGUGACUCUCAUUGCAUCGGUGCCAGGCGUCUACAUGACACCGGAUGAUAUGGCACGAUAUGGCCAUCUUCGCCUGCGCAAGGUGCUUCAAGACCACGGUGUCGCCGUCGCGCCGUCCCAGCCCAUCGUGGCCCAGUUUUCCAGCCUCGGGUCCCUUACGGAAGCGUGGCUGCGGGACUUUCUGGCCAGUUUUUCGCUUGCGCCGCCGUCCCCGUUGCCAGCUCCACGGGGCUUUCACAUGAUCUGGCCGUCUGUCGCCGCAGUGCGAAGCUCGAUCGAAGGCUAUGCGGCCGGCCGGUCUCUGCCCUGUCCUCUAAAGAACCUCAAACCGUUCUUGCACCGGUACCUUCGCACGUGGGACCCACCCGCGUCGCUCCAGCGCACACGCGCCAUGCCGCAUAUCAAGACGUUUGCGCGCAUCGGCGUCGACGGCACCUUGGACUUUGCGCUGCUGACGAGCGCGAAUCUAAGCCAAGCGGCGUGGGGCAGCUACCAAAAGCAAAAGUCCCAGUUUAUGAUCCGGUCGUAUGAGCUCGGCGUGCUGUUUCUGCCGACACCGUCCCAACGCCUCGUGUGGUCGGGCAUGACAUCUACCGACAACGACGACGACCGCGCAUCGGGUCUCCGCUGUCCGCUACCAUACAAGUGGCCGCCGACAACGUACAACACGCGGCAGGACGAGCCGUGGUCGUGGGACCAACCACAUGACGAGGUCGAUGAUUUUGGCGAAACGUACCUUCCAUGAGUCAUCGACCAAGACAAGUGCAACGUGGAAGAUCGUUACGCGCAGAGGCUGCCACGUCAUUUAAACCAAGAAAGCGUAAGAACUUAUUGGGAGGCCAGUGAAUAGAUAGUGGUUUCGUACAGA